CCCAGCCUCAGCUUCAUAACCUCCAUCAAGUCUGUCCGUGAUUAUAAGGCGACAUUAAAAACAGCGGGGAAAGUAGUGCAUGGCGACACGUCAGCAGUCAGAUGGAGCAACAGCCAGCGCAUAGUUUAACAACGCAGCGAGCUGGAUGUGAUGCGAGAGUUAGCUCAGCUGUUAUUGUACACAGGGAUAGUGGAUAUGCUUCCUAUCAUGAGCACAGAUAUAUAUAUAAAUAGACAUUAUCUUAGCAACAGUGAGUUCUUUAUACUGUUGCCGGUUCAUAUGCAAAUACGACGACGUCACAGUGAACCACGUGAGGCUGCAGAUAAAGUUUUUUUUCCUCUGAAGUGAAAGUGAAAGUGUUCCUUCAACUGCGAGCAAGUCAGUGUGCCUGUUACUCCAACGACGAAGGGGAUUUCUGCUAACCUAUGAUCAUGGGACGGAUCUUAAAAAUACUUAUUUACCUCUGUCUGUGUGCAUGUGUGCGGGGUGUCCAUCAGGUGUCAUGGGUGCCCUGUACUUUCACAGAUGAAAAUGUGGUUAUUGGUCUUGAGCGUGUAGGGAUGAAUACAGGGGUACAAAACACAGAGACUGUUCAGACUGAGCUCAUCCACAGAGAGGCUAUGCUGCAGUUUGGUCAAAAAGGAGACACCCCUGUGAACCCACAUGCCAUCACUUUCCUAGUCACCGGAUCUAAGGUGGAUCUGCGGCGGUACAUAGAGGGAGUGGAGCCAGAUCAGUUGGAGUGUGAGCUGCGUAGGUACAGUACAAAAGGCAUCCAUGUCCGUUGGCCAGUCCAGGGGCCCACGGAGUACAACCGCUGGUUCAGCUGCAGCCUGAAACACACCAAAGGCCUGUUCACAGUCACCGGCUUCCUCAGACAGCCAUCUGACCAACCGCCCUCAGGAAAGCAGGACUACCUCAGCUGGUCUGCUAUCGCAGACAAAGAGAUCCUCUCCUCAACAGCUGUCAUGGUCAUUAAAACAGAAACUCCAACAUUGGAAGUAGGCCUCUUAUCCAAACAAAAGCUCCACUGUCAGUUUGCUGUUGACCACAAAGCACCAGACAUGACUUUGGAGUGGCACUGGCAACAUCGAGGAGAGAAAAAAAGACUGUUCAGCCAUAACAGCCGCACAGGGCAGGUCCACGGGAGCGGUGUUAAGCUUACAGGUGGAGAUGCUUCCUACACCAUCCCCCUCACUAAGAUGAGCAGCGAAGGGACCUACAUUUGUUCGGUGGCAGUGGAUCCACUGUUCGGCAGUCUGGACGUAAAUCUACAUAUCGAAGAGGCUCCCCGUGUCUCCCUCAACGUUGGAUCCACUCUCUUGCUGGAGGAUGGCGGUGAGCAGAAGAUUGUUUGCGAUGCAGAAAGUUACUACCCUCUGGAUGUGGACAUUGUUUGGUACGAGCAGGACCCGGCAGCGGUAGGGCAAAGGGUGGGUGCUCCACUCCCCAAGGCACUCAAGAACAUGUUGCUGUCUAGCCACCGACACAACCAGGACAGGACCUACUCUGUGUCGGCAUUCUUCUACCUUGAAGCCUCGCUCAGGGAUUCUGGGAAACAGUUCACAUGCAGCGUCUCUCAUAAGUCACUGAGAGUGCCGAUCAAAAAGAGCUUCAUCCUGACUGUUGAAGAGCCGAGCAGCUUGAUGUUCAACCUCACUGUUGGCCUCAUUGUGAUCAUACUGCUGGUCAUCCUGUAUGCAAUGCUGUCUAUGCUGCACACUACAAGAAAAAAAUCAGUUCAGAAGAAACCAUACUGAGCAGCUGAGCAGACCAACUGAAAACACCAGUGAAGGCAGACUGUCCUCCUCACUCCUCCUGCUUCUUUCAUUUUUAGAUGAGAAAUGUCUCAGACAUUUGAUUAUGGUGUGUUUGAGUUUCUAUGAAACAGAGAGUGUCUUUCAUGCUUUGUUGAUUUUGCUCAUGCUAAAAGUAAAUGAAUGAAGUAAAUUAUUGGCUGAGGUGAACAAGCAAUCCACAAGAGUUUUUGACUGCUAGUAGUGCUAGAGAGCAAUGCUUUUAUGAGUGGGUCACUGUUGCAAGUGUAUAGGCAACAUGACACACAAUGGUUUCAAACUAUUCCAGUGACCUACAGGUGGCAGUAGCACGCAAAGAAGUGACCCUCCAACAGAUGCAUGUAAGCAAUGCACGGUUUGAAAUAUUUUUAAAAUCAGCUUUGCAAAUGUUUAAUGAUGAAGAAAAUUCAUUUGUCAGAAAAUGAAACAUAUGUUUUGUAGGAAACACUGAAUGUAACUCCAGAGGGUAACUGUAAUGAAAUAUAGCUGCAGUGAGCAGAAAAUGUUUGAAAACCAGCUGUUAAAGAAUGUUGAUAUUAAGGAUAAUAACCUUAACUGUGUAAGAAUAAUACACCACUAUACUACCAGGUACCAAGCCCUAAUGGAUUUAAAUUCAUAUUGAUCUGGUCUACAUAAUUAAAUACCCUUUUGUGAAACUUUAAAGUCAUUUUAGAACCUAUUGUUAUAUUUGCAUCGUGGGGGUGAAUAUUGAGACUUCUGAGAGUAAUAAAUUUGUCUUUGUCUGAAAUGUC